CAAUUCCCCUCCUCCGCCUCCCCUAGUUUCCUCUCCUCCCCGAAACCCCCAAUUCGAAUCCGGCGGCGAAUUCGAUUGGGGAUUUCGGCGUCCUCGCCUCCGUGGGAUUCCUCGGAUCCCGCCUCGGCUUCCCGUCUCGAUCUGCGUCUGGAGUUUUGGAGCAGACGAUUUGAGUUUCUGGUUCGAUUUGGUUUGGUUUGGUUUGGGGGCGAUUUGGUUCAAGGCGCGGAUGGCGUCUUCUCCGGUGUCGUACUGGUGCUACCACUGCAGCCGCUUCGUGAGGGUGUCGCCGUCCACGGUCGUCUGCCCGGAGUGCGACGGCGGCUUCCUGGAGCAGUUCCCGCAGCCGCCGCCGCGCGGCGGCGGCGGGAGCGGCCGGCGCGGGGCGAUGAACCCGGUGAUCGUGCUCCGGGGAGGGUCCCUGUCCGGGUUCGAGCUCUACUACGACGACGGCUCCGGCGACGGGCUGCGGCCGCUGCCCGGCGACGUGUCGCACCUCCUCAUGGGGUCGGGCUUCCACCGCCUGCUCGACCAGUUCUCCCGGCUCGAGGCGGCGGCGCCGCGGCCGCCGGCGUCGAAGGCGGCGGUGGAGUCGAUGCCGUCGGUGACGGUUGCCGGGAGCGGGGCGCACUGCGCGGUGUGCCAGGAGGCGUUCGAGCCGGGCGCCUCCGCGCGGGAGAUGCCGUGCAAGCACGUCUACCACCAGGACUGCAUCCUGCCCUGGCUCUCCCUCCGCAACUCAUGCCCCGUCUGCCGCCGCGAGCUACCGGCGGCCGCGGCCCCCGAGUCGGAGGCAGAUGCGGGACUAACCAUCUGGCGACUCCCACGCGGUGGAUUCGCCGUCGGGAGGUUCGCCGGUGGGCCAAGGGAGCAGCUUCCGGUUGUCUACACUGAACUGGAUGGGGGCUUCAGUAACGGCGUCGGGCCGAGGCGGGUAACGUGGCCGGAGGGCGACGGCCAUGUCGAUGGCGGCGAAGGUCGGAUUCGCCGUGUAUUUAGGAAUCUGUUUGGUUGUUUUGGUCGGAGCAGUCGGCCGGAGAGUUCAUCAUCGCAGUCCCGUAGUGGCUGAACGCAGUUUUCUCGGUAACUCGAUCUCCUAUUGAUAGUGGUGAAUAAGUAGGAUUUAGUAUAAGAAGGGAACCCAGAUUAUAAGUUCUUGGGACUUUUGAUGUAAAUGAAAACCUUGCGAUUUUUUUCCACUUUGUCCCGUUUUAAGAGUUUAUUUAGAGAUGGCCACGAGCAAAAUAGCAAACAACUGGAAAUUAGUUUGGAAAGCAAAUUAGGAGGAAGAAGCACAGGACUUCAUGAAAGGAAUGACAGUGAAUUUAUUGGGUAAAUCAAUUGUUGCAAUGUUGUAGUCAGAGAGAACAAAGUGUUGUUCUUACCUCUGUACUGUUUGUGUAUAUACUGGAUUGGGCCAAGAAGAUUUCUGAUUUGCAAUAUCUUGUUCUAAUAAAAUUUCAGCCUUUUUUAUUUGUUA